CUCGCCUUUCCUAUGAGCUUGUAUAUGAUAAGAACAGCUUAUAGUUGUGUGCGUGAAAAACAAGGUUACUGUUUUCCAAUGGCAUCUUAUAAACCGGUCUCGCAUGUGCUUUUCGACAUGGACGGGUUGUUGUUAGAUACAGAGAGGUUGUACACGGUCUCUUUCCAGGAGAUCUGUGAUCGGUUUGGGAAGACGUACACAUGGGAGGUCAAAUCCACAGUGAUGGGAAAGAAGGCGUUGGACGCGGCCAGGAUCAUCCGAGACUCUCUGGAACUGCCCAUGACGAGCGAGGAGCUGCUGGAAGAGAGCAGAACAAUACAGGAACGUCUUUUCCCCUCCGCUUCGCUGAUGCCAGGUGUGGAGAAGCUGGUCACACAUCUCCAUAAGCACAAAAUCCCCAUCGCCGUGGCUACCAGCUCGGCCGGCGUGACCUUCCAGAUGAAGACAAGCCGCCAUAAAGACUUCUUCAGCCUGUUCAACCAUGUCGUUCUCGGAGAUGACCCAGAAGUGAAGAAUGGAAAGCCUCAGCCUGACUCGUUCUUGGUGUGUGCCAGCAGGUUUGACCCCCCAGCGAACCCAGAACAGUGUCUGGUUUUCGAAGAUGCACCCAAUGGAGUGAAAGCAGGCUUGGCGGCUGACAUGCAAGUGGUCAUGAUUCCCGAUCAGAACAUGGACCGCAGACUUACAAAGGAAGCAACGCUGCUGCUCGACAGCAUGGAGGACUUCAGACCCGAACUCUUUGGCCUUCCUGCUUACGACUAAACGCCGUUUCAUGCCUCAGCUUUCUCAUAAUCGGUCGAUCUAAAAUGGUAUUAAGCUGUUAUGAGCAGAUGCAUCAAGCUCAGUUCUUAUGAGCCAUGUAAACACUGUUGACGAGUUUGUCAUUGUGAUUUUUUUUUGCUAUGUAAUUAAUACCAGGCUUACACUUGUAUUAGGUUUCAUUUUCGUUUGUACUUGGAGAUGUUUCAAGGGAUGAACUGAAAAGAAGAGACACUUACAACGUACAGUUCAAUCUCAUAAUCAAUAUAAAGAAAACGAAAACAAUGCUCUGUUUGUCUAUUAUGAUUCAGAACAAAGUGUAGUAGUUUGGCCGUGCUCGUUAUGCUUUGCUGGAAAUUCGAUCGAACGCGAGCGUAAUCUGAUUGGUACAGCUCAGUGAGCCAAUCACAAGCCUUGAUCUCUCAGCGCACUCAUUAUGCGCUCUCAGCGCCGACGGCUUGAAUGGCACCCAAACUGAUUUUGAUUAUGCCGCUCAAUUAGGCGCAAUCAAGCCAUUAGGCCACAUCGACCUUUUUUUCCUCUUGCACUUUACCCCCCUCUUUGCUAAAUUAGUCACGGUAAUGGUUUACUUCUAUAUUUAACACAUCAAUGAUACGUUGUCCAAAGGCAGUGUAAAUCCUCAAUUAUCGUCAUGUACAUAAUCAAACGUUUCAUUUAUCCUUGUUUCCAUUUUUCCUGUUAAGUCAGGUAGCAAAGCAUUCCUAAUUCUCAUUCGUUUGAUUUUUAUUCUUUUUUUUUUUUUUUUUUUCAUUAAACUGCUUUUUCGGCUCUUCAACACCCAGAGGGUUUUAUUAAAAUGCCAAAGACAUUUUAAAGUUCCAUGCAGCGUAAUCCAAUAAAAAGGAUCUGAGCGACCGGGCAUCUUUCAUACCUUGGUUAGGCUGCUGUACGUCGCUCUUCUCCCCUCGGAGGGGUCCGAGACACUGUCUGCUCUCUCUGUGAGAACCCUCAGGGAUGAAACACAUUUCCAUCUUCUCUUUUUUACUCUGUGUAGGUUAUGGAUCUUUCAUCUUCUCAUCCUUAAAGACGAGGUGGGGGUUGAGGGUGGGGUUCUGGAAGGCUUGUUCUUCAGCGUGAUUCUUACCCAUGGGUCUUUUACAUGCUGUUCUGCACAGGAAACCUGAAGGCAGGGGUUUGAAGUGCAAGAGCUGCCUGAGUGUGUGUGUGUGUGUGUGUGUGUGUGUGUUUGGGUUGGAGCACAAAAAAUCUGUAUCUUCAUGAAGAACAGAUCUGCAACACGAAGUGAACAAAACGUCCUGGCUCGAAGAGUGUUUGAAACAAUGAAGUG